AUGGCUGCUCGUCAGAUGCUCGUUUCCUUGCUCCUCUGUCUCGCCUGGACACGGCAUACUACAGCAUUCCUCGUCGUGCCGCGUGGCGCAGAUCUACGGCAGGCCUACCUCGCUGGCCGGAGCUUUGCUGAACAGCAGAUUUCCCUGAAUACAAACAACUAUCAACCCACCGAGUUUUUCAAAGCCGGAGAGUAUACCAAGCAUGAGCAAGACGGAGAGAUCUGCAAGACGUAUGGCGAGCGACAGUGGGCUGGUACUGUAGACGUCACGGACCAGCGACGCCUCUUCUACUGGUUCUUCGACAGUCGCAAUGAUCCUGAGAAUGAUCCCGUCAUCCUAUGGCUCAAUGGCGGCCCAGGAGGAUCGUCGAUGAUGGGGCUAUUCACAGAAAUGGGGCCUUGUUCCGUCACAAAAGACAGUAGUGGCACGGUCCCAAAUCCUCACAGUUGGAACAACAAUGCCUCGGUCCUGUUCAUAGACCAGCCGGCUGGGACGGGCUUCUCAUCUGUUACCAAGGGAGCUCCCUACCCAAGCACGGAUGAGGAGGCUGCCGUCGAUCUUGCCUUCUUCUUCAAUACAUUCUUUGCACAGAUCUUCCCGGACCGUGCUAAGCUACCACUCCAUAUCGCUGGAGAAAGCUACGGAGGCCACUAUGUGCCAACCUUUGUCGACCACGUCCUUGCGGAUCGUGCCAGAAACUCACGAGACGCCUACAAUGGAGACAUCAGCUCCAUCAUCCUUAUCAAUGCGAUAUUCGACAUGACAGCUCCUGCAGUUGGGGCAUGGGAGCUUCUCUGCUCCAACUUCCGCGGCCAGAUCUUCAAUGAGACUGUUUGCGACAAGAUUUCGGCAGCAAUGCCCGAGUGCGAACAGCUGGGGCGAGACUGUCGGCGAACAAACGACGGCUAUAUCUGCCUCGCGGCCAGAAUGUACUGCGAGGACGCGAUCGAAUCCUUCUACCAAGCAGAGGAGGAAGCCGGAAAUAAAAGCCGAUACAACAUUCACCUUCCCUGCACCAACCGGCCGUUCUGCUGGGACGAGACGAUAGGCAACUAUUCAACAUACGUUUCCCAGCCCAAGGCUCUCAAGGCGCUGCACUUCCCGCCCGAUUUUCACUUUCAGGCUGUUAACCUGGAUCUCAAUUUCCAGUUUGCUCUGAGCACCUCCCUGUCCAAGACAAGGUACCCGCACAUGACUCGGAUCCUCGAGUCUAACAUCCCCGUCCUGGCUCUCAAUGGAAAUGAGGACUUUAUUGUCAACACGCCAGGACAGAUAUGGUCCUAUGAUUCACUACCGUGGAGUGGCCAGACCGAGUACCGGACGGCCCAGUGGAAGACGUGGGGAGAUGGCCAGGGCAUCUGGAAGCAGAGCAAGGACAAGAGACUGGUGUUUGUCGGGAUUGACGGCGCGGGCCACGCCGCGCCGGGAGACCAGGGAGAGCUGACCUCUGAUAUUGUCCGGCAGUGGAUUGCAGGCUGGAAUACCGAGAACUGUCGACUUGCAUCCCCCAUAGUGCCAUCCGAAGCUUUGGAUGGGAAGCAAGAUGGCAACAGUGGCUUUGAACCAGCAAGUUCCUUGGCAGCCGGCAGAGAUGAAGCCAGCCAAGGCUUCAUCAUCAAAGCCAAAGUCCUCAUACCGGGAAAGGGCGAUCCCAUACAGAAUGGAGCUACUGUCGUCAAGGACGAUGAGAUCGCCUGGGUCGGUCCAGAAGCCUCCCUCCCUUCCGAAUACAAGGCAUGGCCGGAUCGAAGUGUCCCAGUCGUCAUGCCGGGCAUGUGGGACUGCCACGUCCACCUCAUCGGCUGGACAAACUUCCAGUUCUCCAAGUUCCUGAUGGAGCACCCCGUCAUGCACGGCGCGCGCCUGGCCCGCAGCUGCCGCGACAUCCUCAUGUCGGGCUUCACCUCGGUGCGCGACCUCGGCGGCUACGGGCCCGAGCUCGCCCGCCUCGCCGAGGACGGCACCCUGCCCCUCGCUCCGCACAUCUACGGCGCCGGCUCCGCCCUGAGCCAGACGGCCGGCCACGGCGACGCCUUCGACCUGCCGCUCAACUGCAUGACGUGCCUGGCCGGCGCGCAAGGCGAGAGCAGCCCCGGCCCGCUCAUGCUCGCCGACGGCGUCGACGAGUGCCGCCGCGCCGUGCGCCGGCAGAUCCGCCGCGGCGCCAGGGUGGUCAAGGUCUUCGCCACGGGCGGCGUGCUCAGCCGCGACGACGACCCGCACAGGGCACAGUUCUGCGCCGCCGAGCUAGAGGCCAUGGUCGAGGAGGCGACGCGCAUGGGCCGCCUGGUAGCCGCGCACGCUCAUGGCAAGCCGGGGAUUAUGGCGGCGCUGAAGGCCGGGUGCGGCACGGUCGAGCACGGCAUGUACCUCGAUGACGAGUGCGCCGACGCCAUGCUCGGCGCCGGUGCCAUUCUUGUGGCGACGCGGACGAUCAUCCUUGAGGGCCUGAAGAGGCGGGAUUCGAUGGACCCCAAGAGCUAUGCCAAGAUGACCGAGUGUGCCGAGACUCACUCCCGCGCGUGCCGUCUGGCUAUCAAGAAAGGAAUCAGACUGGCUCUCGGGACUGAUCUGGGUCUCAGCGUGUUGGGCACGGGACUCAGCCAUGGCCAGAGUGCAAAGGAGCCCGGGCACUUGGUCGACCUGGGGCUUACGCCAUUGCAAGCUAUCGAGGCGGCCACCGCGACUGGCCCGCUGACUCUCGGACCGCAGGCACCGAAGAGCGGACAGCUGAAGGAGGGUUAUGCCGCGGACAUUAUCGCUCUAGAGUGCAAUCCUCUUGAUGAAAUUACCCUGCUGGAAGAUAUUUCGAACGUCACCCAUGCUAAGCAGACCACCAUCGUAAUACCCAACUAA